AUGAAAAGACUCAGCAGGAAAGUGCGGGUUACGCUUUUAGAUCUAGUUGAUUUUCUGCUGGAAAAUAGCACAAUCAAUGCAGCGUACGAAUUCGCAUGCAUCCACAUGAAAUGGAUAUUUAUUGCAUCUCCCGUGGUAAACUUCCUAAUUAGGAGGCUCAGCGAAGCAAUUACUCCCCCGGGUCUCUCCAUAGCUAUAAUAAUGGACGGAAACAGAAGGUAUGCAAAGUCUGCGAGUAUCUCGAAGAAGGCAGGGCAUGAGAUGGGAUAUGCCCACGUAUACAGCAUCCUAGAGUGCAUGAAAAGGGCCAAGUGCAGGAGUGUGGGCUUCUUUGCCUUCGGGAUGAAGAACUUUUCUCGCUCGGAGGAGGAAGUGUCCGAUAUAAUGGGGAUUCUCAGGAGAGGUCUGGAGAAGGCAGAGAAUUCUCCGGAUAAAAAGGCCUUUCUAGACGCCCUGGGAGUAGUUGGGGAUAUCUCUGCAAUGCCUUCAGAGAUGCAGCCAGUCCUUCUCCGCAUACGGAGUACUCCCCAGAAGAAAAACUGCUAUUUAUUUCUCGCGUAUUCCUCCCUGUACGAGUACGUAAGCGGGAGAGGGGAUGGGACUCCAGAGAAGUUCGACAUAAUAAUACGCCCGGGAGGAGAAAAGCGGCUCAGCGACUUCCUCCUCUGCAACUCAGCGAAUAAUUCGACACUUUGCUUUGUUUCAUCGAAGUGGCCUGUUCUCUCCGCAGGGCACAUUCUCAUGGCCGUGGGAAAGUACGUGCUGGAGUCGCAGUUGAGGAGUGAAGGGGUUGAAGGGGCAUGA